AUGGGCGGCGGUCCGAUGCAGGGCGGCGGCGGCGGGUGGGGCCAGGGCGGGUCGUGCCCCGGCCAGACCAUGUGUGGCUCUGGCGCGGGAGGCAUGAGGGGCAUGAGCGGGCAGGCUCUUCGCCCCCGGCGCAGCAGCUCAGCCAGCAGGGCAGCGCAGACGGCACGCCCGCCGCAGCCGCAGACGCCGCAGCAGGCGCAGCAUUCGUCGCCGCAGCAGGCGCAGCAGCAGACGUCGCCCCUGGGCCUGUACGGCAUGUCCCCCUCGCAGUCCCUCUCCUCGCAGAGCUUGCCCUCGCUCGGCGAGCAGCAGCCGGCCGGAGGCCGUGCGCAGCGCACCGCCGGCCCGAUGAUGGGUGGCAUCCCUGUCGAGGGCACGCCGAAUUGGGCCGCGAACACCUGCGCCUGCCCGCGGCCCUCGUUUGUGCUGGCGUCCUGA